UGGAGCCAGAAAAGCUCCAUAUGAAAAGCAGUUUACUAGGGCAGAAUUUACUUGAGCCAAAAGCAUCCGGACUGGUCCACUCCAGCAGACACAUCACGUGAAAGGGAACAAAUAAAGCAAAGAGAAAGAAAAAUGCUGCCUCCACUCUGAAGUAUUGUAGAUUUCACCAUUAUUCCUUGUAUUUAUCCAGUUGCCUCGGCCCUGAGAUCUAUCAGAGGAAAGAAUGUCGAAAUUGGGGAGUUUGGAGAAGGUAUGCGAUCCGGCUUCAGUGGAUGGGCUUAUCGCAGAAUUCUCGCGGGUAGCGAAGAGGGCUUUCGAGGAGGAGGGUUUCGACCCUGCGACCGUGGAAGAAAUAAUGAAGAAAAUGGAGGCAGAGGCGGAGGCUUCAUUCGCCGCCAUGAGCGUCGCUCAGGAUGAGCAACUCGCCGCCGCCGAUGCGGUCCUCAACGAUGUAGUGGACUCCGGCAUGGCCGAAUUGGACGAGAUCACAAAAUAUGGAAGUGAAGAGCUCAAAACCCUUUCUGCCCUAGAGACGGCCACUCUGAAAGUGUCCAAAAGACUGACUGCCGCAGCCGCCGCCGCCGCCAAUCGAUAUCUGGAUGCUGCCCUCGCAUCGGCCGCCGCCUCCGCAGCCGCCAAAUCUGCUCACAAGCAUAUGCACACCCAUUUUUUCCCUGCAUCUCGCGUCUACAGUGUAAGCGAGGGUUUCAUAUCUCCAUAAUAUGUCUGCAUUUUCUAUCUAUUGUUUUGUUAUUGUUUCAUAAUCGACUGGUUUAUAAGCGAGAUUAGUUUACCUGGGGUUCUUUCAUGGAUUUCUGAAAACCUUGAAAAUCUCAAUUUGUGUGGAAGGCAAUGUGGUUACAUAAUGGAUUGAAUUGCAGAAUGGUUUAAGCGUGAACAAUUUUUUAA